UAACUUGAUAUUCAAAAAUGACUAAUCGUACUAACUUCGGAUACAGUAAUCUGAGUUUUGGGAAGUGUACUUGCUAAAGGUUUAGGUUUUUCCCCAUCUUUUUUGCAUUGCUUUGAUGUUGCGUAUCUUUUUUAAAUUUGGAAGUUCUAAAUGGUCACUUAAUAUCAUAUACAUGUAUUCAGUUAACGUGUAUCCAGGAAGCUAUGUAAAAAUUGUGAUGUAACUUCAAUUUCACUAUAUCGUGAUCUUAAGAGGGUAACGAAGAUUCGGUUUUCCGCAACAUUUUGGCUUUUGCAAGUGUAAAAUGUACUUCUAUACAUUAUAGGAUUAGAAUUUCCUCAUUCAACGUCUUGUGUGCAACGUUUUACUUACAAAGAAAGAAAUUAUCUCGUUAAUGUGAAUUUUAGAAUCCUUAUUUACAAGUUUAAUUUGGUGAAAUGGAAAUGCGGUUAGUUCUUAUAUUAUCUUUUGUCUCGUGCUACUACACCAGAUACGUGUCUGGUGUUACUACUCAAAGUUCGGAGAAUGCUGUAGUAAAGGAGACAGACACCAUAGAGGAAGUUAACGUGAUGAAAGACAAUUACCAUGAAUUACUUAAAAGAGUUAUGAAUAACGAAAUUGAAAUUGUAGAUCUGAAAAGACGAGAAAAAUAUUUGAAAAAUGAACUUGAAAACAUAAAGAGAUAUAUGGCAUGUCAAAUGGAAGAGUUAAACGAUUUCACUGAAGAGAAAUAUGACAACCUGAAUGAGACAAAAGCUGCGUUAAUGAAAACUAUGAUUUCAUUUAGUCAGUCUUUGACGUUAUUAAAUGAAACAAUACAGGAACUGAGUCAUCGUCUAGAGAUACAGGAAAACCUACGACGUGAGGAAAAUCUUACAGAAUGUAGAAAUAAAUCAGAUUAUUUUUAUAAAAAGAUAACAUCUCCUGGCUAUCCAUUAGCAUAUAGCAAUAACCUAAAUGGUAAUUGGAGUAUCGAUGUUGGCAGUGGAUAUACAGCCAAAUUACAAUUUACGAUUUUCAGCACUGAGGGCUGUUGUGAUUUUGUAAAGGUAUACGAUGCAGUGCAUGCAACUGAUCUCAUCGGAUCUUUUAGUGGAAAGAAUCUACCUCCAGAAAUGAUAUCGACUGGACGAUAUAUGUUUGUUACAUUUACAUCAGACGGUUCUGUAACAAAAACGGGAUUUAGUGCAUACGUUUACAAAAUAACAUCUAAAUAACAUGUUAUCAAUGUCAGAGGCUUACAGACUUUACCUCAGUUGUACUAACAUGCAGUGGAAAUUUAAUGUCUUAAUUUAGAUAUAGUCUGUUACUUGUAAGUAAGAAUGUUCAUACUGAUUAAAGAGCAAAAGUUUAGCUAUAAGGGCAAAGGUUUGUAAGCUUCGACUAUGUAUUUGAAGGACACUUUCAACUGUGGUCAGCUGGAUUUAUUUUAUCUUUGAAUCAAACUCAAGGUUUAACCGAAGGUUGAUAUUUAUCAUCCGAUUAAAAAAUGUAAAUAACUAUAUAAUUUAACAUGUAGUUUGUCCAAACCUGUAGUGAUCUUUUGUAGGACUAAAUGCUGGAAAACAUUAUAAAAACUGUCAUUAUGUGCUUACAUUGUGACCAGCCACAUUGAUUUAACAUAUGAAAAUUACUGUUCAUAUUAUCUUUAAAAAAUUAUUCGAAAGAAUAAUCUUUUGAAAACCUAUGUAAUGUUAGGAAAUGUUCGUUCUUAAAAACAUCAUAAUCAUGAUAAUUAUUAUAAUAUUUUGACUUCUAAUUUUAAAAUUUCAAAGUUGAUGAAGGGGUUUUUUAACGACCUUGACUACCCAUAAGGGUCUUGAACGUCGACACAGAUUAAGUAUUUACAACAAAGACUGCGCUGAAAUGCAUAUUCAUUUUUGAAUGCACAUCUACGCAGUCUCUGUUGUCAACUUUCAAAUUUUUGAAUUAUACAAACGGUUAUCAAUUUGUAUUAAGUUCAAGAUUGUUUUAGUAAAAUCAUAAAAAAAUAAUUUGAUUCAUUAUUAUGAUAUCGUGCUAAUUAUUAUUCAGGACAAUCAUUUAUUUUGCUCUAAACAUCCAUCAAAUACAUUUUAUCAAUUUUUUACCAUGUUUUUCAAACAGAAAGCUAAAUUACAAUACGAGUUAUCUAACUUGGUGUAUAAUAUGAUAGGAAGACGUCGAGUAUUGAAAAGCAAUUUACACUCUUGAUUGUAUACUUCCGUUUUUUUUUUAAAUUUUAUUCAUGUUCUAUUUCACCUGAGAGGUUAUUAUUAUAAACCAAAGGCCUGCUUAUUGAAGAGCUCUUAUGACUAGAACAUUUCCCAAGACCAUUUUAACACAUAUCUUUGUCCAUAGUGGUUUAUAAAACAUGUCUUACCUUAAGCAACGUCAUAGGAGUCGUCCUAUGUUUAUUCAGGGGCUAGUAAUUAUAAUGUUUGUAACAAUAGACCGCCUAGGGACCAUAACAUCCACUGGAACUAUUUGGGAGACAUUGAUGUUACAAUGGAUUAUCAGGUAUGUAAAACAGGCGCUUAGGAAAUGGAUGCCAAUUUUUCUAAAAUAAUGAAUUUGUGUGUGUAUUUAAAUUUUUAAUUUCGUAAAUAUUCUUUUGAGGUAUUACCCGUUUCCAUUCUCAAUUUUAUUUAAUAUUUUUAUCUAUUUUCACAUAUUUAAUGUGUUCUUGCUCUUAUCCAAAACAUAUUACAAUAACAGAAGUAUGCAUUUGAUGUCCCUAUAUUCUUAGUUUCCACGUGGAAAAUACGAAUAGAGGGACAUUAUAUAUAGAUAAAUUAUAUCAAAUAAAUGAACAUAGGCUAAGAUAUUAAGAAAUAUUUAUUUUAAAAAAUAGUUAAAACACCCAAAAAAAAUCAGAAAAGGGGAUCCAUUCCCCAAGCGCCUGUGAUCCGUAAUGAAAUAAUUUAUAUACUCCGUAUUUAUAUGAGAUGAUGCACGAGAUACAACUUUGAACUCUCUAAAUUAUAAAACUGUGACACUACAAAUUAAACUCACUCAAUAAUAUAUAGAGAUUGUUACCUAUUAUAGUUGUCAAUAUUUACAAUUAGUUUGUUCAGUUAUUAUCUAAAACGUUGUUUAUUUUUUUGUUUUUGUUUCAUAAAAUUUGAUUUCACAAUUAUUAGAUAAAUAUCAUUUAUUAUCUUUACAAUAAUACUAAAAAUGAUUCUAUUUUUUAAUCUUAUAAUUAUUGCUACUGGUGAAAUUUGAUGCAUUUAAAAAAAAUAUAAGAUAAUCCUAAGAUAGAUUCGAUGUGCAUGCUUAGACAUGUUGUAAGUCGGUCAUAACAUUAUCUCACUUUAUUCCUUAGAUGGCUCUAAGAACAGAUCCUAGGACAUCUUCAAUAAACAGGCACCUGAUGAUUAACCAUGUUGCAAUUUUACUAAGUUCUACAAUUUGUAUUUUAGUUUUUAUAUAGUUUAUAUGAUGUAUAUAAAGUGUCUCAUAAUCCAACUUUGGCUGGGUAUGUGUCCUUUUGUUUUACUGUCCAAUGUAUAUUAUGUAAUCGGUAUAUAACUUUGUAGACAAAUAUGUGAAUUAUUAUUAUCAUUAAUACAUUAUUAUUGUCUAAGAUAUAAUGUCAAAAUAUCUUGUAUUGCCAAUCAUUUUUGCUGUUUACAAUUACCACUUUUCGAGAUAAUAGGCAAACAUUUAAAAUUAGUGCAAACACGUUUUUGAAGGGCGAUAACUCUUAAAGAAGUCAUCCAUUGGGUCGGGCAUUUCGCCUUUUUUUAGUUUUUGUAUGGCUGAUCUUUUUUUUUUUUUUUUUUUUUUCUAAUUUCUAUUUAUUUAUUAUAGGUCUCAAGAUAAUAAGCAAACACUUGAAAAUUUGUCAAAAAUUGCCAUUUCAUGGCAAUAAUUUGAUAUAUAUAUAUCUGACAAUUUAUGCUAUAUACAAUUCCUUUAAAGGAUACAAGAUGAUUGGCAAAAACUCGAAAAUUAGUCAUGUUUGUUAAUUUUUGUAUGAAUGAAAAGUAGGUAUAGAUAUUUACAUUAUAAUCAUUUUGCCCGUGUCGUAUUGACUCUAUUAGCUAUCGGUUAUGGUUUUCAAGAUACUAGUCAAUAAAUAUAUUUUUUCCAUUGUA